AUGGUAGACCAGCAGAAGCUUCUCCUCCUGUGGGCAUGGAUGUUGCUGGUGGCAGCUCUGUGCCCAGGUGCCCUAUGUAAACGUGGGGGUGGAUUCAGGGGCUGGGGAAAGGGUACAGGGAGCCAUGGCUCUUCCAGGCAGGGGCUGAAGAUGGCAGGGGCAGCAGCGGCCAGGGCACUAGGUGGGGCUGCCAUUGUGGGGUCACUCGGUAGGCCAAGAAAUUGCUACAGGGGAAGUGGGUAUGGCUACAACACAGACUCAUCUUCAGAGGACAUGAGAUUCCACUAUCCUGAAGGUCAAGGUCUUCACAACCAGUCUGACUGGCGUCGCUACAGAAACGCUGCUGGCCCCGGACCUGGACCCAUGAGUAGCAUCCUCCUCACACUGGAAUCAAUGGUGCCUUUCUUCUUAGGGGACUGGAUAAGGGGAAUCUAGUCAUAAACCAUUUCCUUGGAAGUGGAGAUCAUCAGAAUUGCUGGGCCAAAAGACUAGAGUGGACUGAAUUCAAAUAAAUGUCAGGGAGGGGGUUUGUAUAUUAUUAUGUUGUAAAAUCAUGUGUCCCAGACUGUCAAACUGGACUGUGCUAGAUCCUUUUUCAGCUUUAUAAACUGUAAUAGCUGGAUGAACUUAAGUAGCAUGUUGAAAAUAAUGAAUUUUACCAUUAACAUCUA